CACUCAACCAGAAGUUGCAUCAAGUUGAAAGUUGAAACACUUAUCGUUAACAUUUUGGUUAAUUUGUGAAGCAGAAGAAACAAACAUUUUGAUGAGAUGGGGAAGAAGAAAGGGAAAGCGAUCAUAGUAGGAGGAAGUAUAGCAGGCUUAUCUUGCGCACACUCGCUUACGUUAGCAGGCUGGGAUGUUUUGGUUCUCGAGAAAUCUUCCGAACCUCCGGUUGGGAGUCCUACUGGUGCUGGCCUCGGACUCGAUCCUCAGGCUCGCCAAAUCAUCAAAUCCUGGCUUCCUCGUCCACACCUCUUAGAUGAAAUCACCUUGCCUCUCACAAUUGAUCAGAAUCAGACAACAGAUAGUGAGAAGAAAGAGACGAAGAUUCUAACAAGAGAUGAGGAUUUCGAUUUCCGAGCAGCUUAUUGGUCAGAUGUUCACUCUCUUCUGUAUAAAGCAUUGCCUCAAACCCUGUUUCUUUGGGGACAUAAGUUUCUGUCUUUCACAAUGUCACAAGAUGAAUCUAUUGUAAAGGUUAAGACUUUAGUUAUAGAAACUCAAGAAACCGUUGAAAUUGAAGGAGAUUUACUUGUUGCAGCAGAUGGGUGUUUGUCUUCGAUUCGGAAAAGUUUCUUGCCUGACUUUAAACUGAGGUACUCUGGUUAUUGUGCUUGGAGAGGUGUUUUUGAUUUCUCAGGGAAUGAGAACUCGGAAACAGUUACUGGAAUUAAGAAAGUGUAUCCGGAUCUUGGAAAAUGCUUGUAUUUUGAUCUCGGUGAACAGACUCAUACCGUGUUUUACGAGCUUUUUAACAAGAAACUCAACUGGAUUUGGUAUGUCAAUCAACCAGAGCCUGACCUGAAAAGCAACUCUGUUACUCUAAAAGUGAGUCAAGAAAUGAUCAAUAAGAUGCAUCAAGAAGCAGAAACCAUCUGGAUCCCGGAGCUAGCGAGACUCAUGAGAGAAACAAAGGAUCCUUUCCUUAAUGUUAUCUACGAUUGUGACCCUUUAGAACGGAUCUUCUGGGGAAACAUCGUGCUGGUUGGAGAUGCUGCUCAUCCCACUACCCCCCAUGGUCUAAGAAGCACAAACAUGUCGAUACUUGAUGCGGAAGUGCUAGGCAAAUGCCUGGAGAAAUGUAAACCUGAUAAUCUAAGUUUGGGUCUAAAGGAAUAUCAGAGAAUAAGAUUGCCUGUUGUUUCUGAGCAAGUUUUGUAUGCAAGGCGUUUGGGGCGUAUCAAGCAAGGUCUGGAUCAUGACGGAAUUGGAGGUGGCGGUUUGGAGCAGAGAACCAUGCCAUUUUUUACUUGUGCUCCCCUUGUCUAAUAUUUGAUGUGAAAAAAUGUUGUAUGUUAAUGAUUGUGUGUUUCAUAGCCAUGAACAUAACAUUGGGAACGUCAAUGUAGAAAAAUGAAUAUGUACUUCGAAUACAAGUUUUAUAAAACUUAUGAAAAAAGAAA